UCGCAUUUGUAGCGGAAACAGUGCUGGUGAAAUAAGAUAUCUUUCUCACACAUUUCAUAACGAUCAGAAAAGCCAUUACUCACCGCGGACUGGAAGAAACGUUUUCUUUUAACGAGUCCAACGAGAAGGAUAUCCUGCUUUCACUGGAACAGGCCCAGAUCCACGCCUUUUGGGUGAAGAAAAGACACCGGAAAAGGGGACGCAGAUCGUGGAUCCUUCUAAGAAUCCGGAGGCGAGCGAGCAAACUCCCAAUGCCUUCCAUUCUCCUUGCUAACGUGCAAUAGUUGGAAAAUAAAAUUCAUGACCUACUAUUAAGAUUAUCCUGCCAAAGGGACAUUAAAAACAUUAUGUUUCACCAAGACGUGGCUGAAUGAAGAAACUGCCCAUUUAGAGCUGGUGGGAUUUUCCAUGCACCGGCAGAACGGAGACGGUACCUCUGACAGAGCAGAAAUAGAUACGUGUCCAUACUACAGAUAACCAGCAGUAGAAAUGCCUCGCAUUGAGAAUGACAUCAAGUUGGACUUCAAGGAUGUACUUCUCCGUCCGAAACGAAGCACACUCAAGUCCCGUAGUGAGGUGGACCUGAUGAGAAGUUACACCUUCAGGAACUCCAAGGGAAGCUACAGAGGAAUCCCCAUUGUUGCAGCCAACAUGGACACUGUCGGCACCUUUGAGAUGGCUCUGGCUUUGUCCAAGUUCACACUCUUCACUGCCAUUCACAAGCACUAUUCAGUAGAUAACUGGAAGGAGUUUGCAACAAAGAAUCCAGAAUGUGUACCGAGUAUGGCAGUCAGCACAGGGACAGGCGAAGGGGACUUUGACAGGCUGGGUGAGAUCACAGCCGCUGUGCCUCAGCUCCAGUACAUCUGUGUGGAUGUGGCCAAUGGCUACUCUGAGCACUUUGUCCACUUUGUUAAAGACGUGCGCCUGAAGUACCCGACACACACCAUCAUGGCGGGGAAUGUGGUUACCGGGGAGAUGGUGGAGGAGCUGAUCCUCGCUGGCGCUGACAUCAUCAAAGUGGGCAUCGGACCAGGCUCUGUGUGCACCACCCGUAAGAAAACAGGGGUGGGUUAUCCCCAGCUGAGCGCUGUGAUAGAGUGUGCAGAUGCUGCCCACGGCCUGGGAGGACACAUCAUCUCUGAUGGUGGAUGCACUUGCCCUGGUGACGUUUCCAAGGCUUUUGGUGCCGGGGCGGACUUUGUGAUGCUGGGCGGGAUGCUGGCCGGCCACUCAGAGAGCGGGGGAGAGGUCAUCGAGAAGAACGGGAAGAAGUACAAGCUGUUCUACGGCAUGAGCUCCGACACGGCCAUGAAGAGACACGCUGGGGGCGUGGCCGAGUACAGGGCAUCUGAAGGGAAGACGGUAGAGGUAGUCUACAAGGGUCCCGUGGACGUGACCAUACGGGAUGUCCUGGGUGGGGUACGCUCCACCUGUACCUACGUGGGUGCAGGGAAGCUCAAGGAGCUCAGCCGCAGGACCACCUUCAUCAGGGUCACCCAGCAGCUCAACACCGUCUUUGGGAAUGAUAACUAGGCGAGGCCCAGGCUGGUUCACAUAUACACACACCAUACCAUUGAUAGUAAGAAUCAGUCAUUUGAGAAACUUAAACCUAGAAUAAAUGUUUGGUUGCCAAAACCAAAACCUUUUUAGAUAAUACUAUCAAACAAUCCCUUAUCUAAGAGUCAUAUUUAAGCAAAAGGCAUUCGGGGGUGUGGUAUAUGGCCAAUAUACCAUAGCCAAGGGCUGUUCUUACACACGACGCAACGCGGAGUGCCUGUAUACAUCCCUUAGCCGUGGUAUAUUGGCCAUAUACCACAAACCCUCGAGGUGCCUUAUUGCUAUUAUAAACUGAUUACCAACAUAAUUAGAGCAGUAAAAAUAAACAUUUUGUCAUACCAAUCAGCAUUCAGGGCUCGAAUCCACCCAGUUCAUAAUUCAAUUUUAAUUUGACUUAUUCUAAACUGCCAUAAAUGUACAUUUCUUGGUAAUAAGUGAACUGAGGGCACUUCAGGACGUAUUUCCAGGUUUUUCUUUUGUCAUCUUGCUCAAUCAUUCCCAUUCCGCUCUGGGGGCGGUGAGUACAGGCUUCUCUCUAUGUCCAAUAUUAUCGACCAUGUCCUAUCAUUUCACGUGAUCUUGCGCUCUCUCUCUCUCUCUUUAUCUCUCAGUCCCCCAUUUUCCUAACACUUCUAUGUACAUCCCUGUUUUUCAAGACAUCUCAUCGCCAUGCUGUUUGAAAACCAUAUGCCAUAAAUUAAUAUACAGUAUUUCACUGUAUGAAGUAUGUACUAUAUUGAGAUUGCAAGCAUUAAAAACCUCUGCUUUUAUUAUUUUAGAUAGUCAACAAAUUCUGAGUCAAGUGGACAUACAGUGAAGAGAUUCAGAUGUUCAUAAUAAUGACCAAUACUGCCGAUUUAAAAUAUUUUAGAUUAUUUUAUCCUUUUCAAAAUAACUUAAAUAUAUAUUGCACUUAAAGAUUUGCAAUGAUGUAGUAUUCCAGUCGUUUUCCCCAUAGAAAGUUAGUUUUUCUGCUAUUCUCAUGCGGACCAAAUAUUAAGGCGAGGAGGAAAUAGAUACUGAAUGAAAAUACUGACAAACAGGAGUUUCGUGUGCUGUACAGCUACAACAGCAACCCGGUCAGUCAAAUGACACACCGCAGGUUGACGGGAAACUGUUGUGGAAUACAAAAUAUAGAGUUGCAAAAUUCCUGUAACUUUCCCCAAAUUCCCAGGUUUUCCAGAAGUCCUGAGUGGAACUUGGAAGAUUCCCAGAAUAUGGCAGAAAAAGCAAGAAAUCCAGCAAACCCCCAACCAGGAUUUCUGGAGAACUUGGGAAUUUUGGGAAAGGAACCAGGAUUUUGCAACCCUAAUUCAAAGUAUUGUAGCGACCUUAACACAACACCUAGCGACUUCGUCAAGAGGUUCGGACUUCUUAGCUUAAUGGUUAAGGUGUUGGCUUGACAGUCACUGGACAUGGUUCGAGUCCUUGUUAGGGCUCCCUCCUGAAUUCCCUACAGUAUGUUUUGAUGCUAAGGAAGGCAGGACAGCUUUGAUUGUUACCUCGAAUUUCUUUUAAUUUAGACUAGAUAGAAUCUCCAUUCAAUCAGUAUUCACAUUAUUACUUUACUGGAUAUUCAGUUACUUUGCUAGAAUGUUGUCUAUGCAUUAUUAUUUUAAGGUGUGCAACUGACUAGUUUUCAUUAUGUCUGUAUAUUUACUUUACUUCAUAGUGUUUUCCAGGAUGAUUCCUUUUCAUAUAAUUUGGUAUUAGUCAAACAUGUCAUGCAGUUUUUAAGCCACAUUUGUUGUUGUUUCAGUCUUGUCAGUUCUGACCAGUCAGAUAAACAUUCCAAACAGCCUACCCGACCACUCGGGGUCGUCCGCAUGGUCAUAAAGCACACCGUUGCCUUGUUUUGUAUCACAUUCCAAUAAUAAAACUGAAAAUGCAAUUUCAGAAUGACAUGUCCGCCCCAGUGAAAGUUGCGCCCCUGGUUCUGACCAAUAAAGAGCAUUCCAUAUGAGUUGUUUCACCGUUUGUUUUAGAGCAAUUGGUCACCAUCGACCGGUCCAGCUCCAAGGCAUUCCUAGAUCACCAAGCAUUUAGGUCAAAUAAAACAACGAUAAAGCGCAGAAACACGCCAUCGGGUCUAACGGUCGUCUCGCAUCGAACAGCGCAAGAUGUGCAAGCUGUCAAAUCAAAGGCACUCAUUUGAUAUAUUUUUUUUAAAACGAAAAUUAAAACGUCCCAGUUUGUUACUUUGACGAGGUUGGAGUAAUAACAUGUUCAACAACUUAAGACAUUGUCUCGAAUCUAGAAAAUUAACAGCUAAAGUAGAAUUUUUCACUUCUUUCAUUGACUUCUCUUUCAUUGUCAACUGGGUUUAGAAACUUUGUGAUGAAGCCUAGCGUUCCUUAUUUAAUUGUAUUUAUUUCAUAUAUUUGGCAGUAGGUGCACUUUAUUCAGCAGUCCCAGCAAAAGGAAGGCAAAGUAUUCCAAUUUUAAACCAUUUCAUGUGUUUGAAUGUAGAACCCGGCCUACCCUGUAGGUCCAGAGAGCAAAUCAAGUGCACCUAUAAGACUACAACACUUUAGCUCAGAUCACCUAUCUGCACAGUUUCCUUGAGCCAGAGACUAAAAAUAAGCCUGGAAUGCACAGCAAAAAUGUAUACUGUGAGAGUUUAUAACCCAGACUACAAAGAGACUCAACGAAUACAGCAAAGAGCGGAUGUUUUCAUGAGUAAGUUCACGUUUAAGUUGUUAUUCAGCACUGUCAACAUGUUAAGCCAUAAAAUGCAUGUUCUCCCUACUUCCACUCACGCUGCAACCAUCACUGCAGCUGCAAUGAAGGAGUAUAGAUGGCGAAGUGUUCCCGAUAAGCUUGCUUUUGUUAUUACUAGUGGCUUGUCUUUUCUAAUGUGAAGGACUGUUUCACUUUCUCUGGUCAUAGGGUUAACAACAUGAAUUUGUGCAUGAGGCAGAAAUAGGUUUUGACAUCAGCUGGAAAACUGUCCCCUUUCCCCAGUGGAGGGAAGGUAGAGCGGAGGGACGGUGAGAGGCAGCCUCACCACUGCUCCUUCUCUCCCCUCAGACUGACCAUCAGAUGCAGGCCAUCGGUCCAGUAUAAACAAAAUGUCGUUAUUAUGCUCACUCAGCUGUGCCUCACAAGUAAUACAAUAAAUGAUCUAUUACCAGUGUGAUCAUACACCUAACAUGUUUAAAUAUGAUUACAAGAUGGUCUGAGAAGAACAACAUUAGCAGGGCAAUGCAAGCAUUGCCAAUAGGCAGUGAUAAUGUAUUGGGCCUAUAGCCUACUGCACAAACCUCAUUGCUACACAACUGUUUAAUUGGUUUAUGUUGCGUAGGCUUGUGUUUUUUAAGUUGUUGUAUUUUGAUUCAGAGAGUGAUCUUGACUCAGAGAGCAUUGUUUAUUGUUAGUACAUUGUUUAUUGUUCAUUUUAAGAGUACAUCUUAACAUGACAGAAAUAUCCACAUAAUAUAGUAUACAAAAUACAGUACAUAAAUAAACUGUACUGUUUGAUAUAUUGG